AUGCUACCAGAGACCCAUGCUACCAGAGACCCAUGCUACCAGAGACCCAUGCUACCAGAGACCCAUGCUACCAGCGUUGAGACCCAUGCUACCAGAGACCCAUGCUACCAGAGACCCAUGCUACCAGAGACCCAUGCUACCAGAGACCCAUGCUACCAGAGACCCAUGCCACCAGAGACCCAUGCACCAGAGACCCAUGCUACCAGAGACCCAUGCUACCAGAGACCCAUGCUACCAGAGACCCAUGCUACCAGAGACCCAUGCUACCAGAGACCCAUGCUACCAGAGACCCAUGCUACCAGAGACCCAUGCUACCAGAGACCCAUGCUACCAGAGACCCAUGCUACCAGACCCAUGCUACCAGAGACCCAUGCUACCAGAGACCCAUGCCAGAGACCCAUGCCAGAGACCCAUGCUACCAGAGACCCAUGCUACCAGAGACCCAUGCCACCAGAGACCCAUGCUACCAGAGACCCAUGCCACCAGAGACCCAUGCUACCAGAGACCCAUGCUACCAGAGACCCAUGCUACCAGAGACCCAUGCCAGAGACCAGAGACCCAUGCUACCAGAGACCCAUGUCACCAGAGACCCAUGCUCACCAGAGACCCAUGCACCAGAGACCCAUGCUACCAGAGACCCAUGCUACCAGAGACCCAUGCUACCAGAGACCCAUGCUACCAGAGACCCAUGCUACCAGAGACCCAUGCCACCAGAGACCCAUGUCACCAGAGACCCAUGCUACCAGAGACCCAUGCUACCAGAGACCCAUGCUACCAGAGACCCAUGCUACCAGAGACCCAUGCUACCAGAGACCCAUGCUACCAGAGACCCAUGCUACCAGAGACCCAUGCUACCAGAGACCCAUGCUACCAGAGACCCAUGCCACCAGAGACCCAUGCUACCAGAGACCCAUGCCACCAGAGACCCAUGCUACCAGAGACCCAUGCUACCAGAGACCCAUGCUACCAGAGACCCAUGCCACCAGAGACCCAUGCUACCAGAGACCCAUAUACCAGAGACCCAUGCUACCAGAGACCCAUGCCACCAGAGACCCAUGCUACCAGAGACCCAGAGACCCAUGCUACCAGAGACCCAUGCCACCAGAGACCCAUGCUACCAGAGACCCAUGCUACCAGAGACCCAUGCUACCAGAGACCCAUGCUACCAGAGACCCAUGCUACCAGAGACCCAUGCUACCAGAGACCCAUGCUACCAGAGACCCAUGCUACCAGAGACCCAUGCUACCAGAGACCCAUGCUACCAGAGACCCAUGCUACCAGAGACCCAUGCUACCAGAGACCCAUGCUACCAGAGACCCAUGCUACCAGAGACCCAUGCUACCAUAA